AUGACAGCAACAAACAACAACAACAACAACAACUAUAUCGUUUCUGAUGAAAAAGUUAUUGAUUCAUUAGCUGAGGAAUUAGUUGUGGCAGAAACUAAAACCCUCAACGAAAGAAUUGGUGAAAACAAGAUUGAUUUACAUAACUACCUCAAACAUGAUGGAGGAAGAGGAAGGAAAACUGGUAUGGCUUUAUUAGUAAAUAAAAUUUCAAAUUUAACGAUUAUAGAUGUUGAUAUCAAUAAAUCGUACAAUGAUGAACUUAAAGAAACAGUCAGAAAAGACAUUUUAUCAAAACUUUCGGAUAAAGAUGUUAUCGUUAAAACCACUUCAGGAGGUCUUCACAUUUAUUGCAACACUAAUUUCUUCUAUGCAGUUUCGAACAGAAUGAUUAAAUGUUAUUCCUGCAAUGAUUAUGAUAUUGACAUAAUGACUUCUAUUGAUGAUUCAAAGCGUUCAUUAGUAGUUAUGGCUGAUUCAAGAGUUCGCAAGAAUGCAUCAGAACCAAUCAAUACAUACUCAUUCAUUCGUGGAAGUUACGAUUCAACAUUAACUAGAACAGUGAAUGAUAUAUUAAAUGAUUUGAAUAUUAAGGUAAGAGUUGAACAGAAGAACGAAGAAAUAAAGAGUAUAAUGAAUGAAAACAAAGAUGUAAACAUUGACGAUAAACUUGCCCAGAGCAUAGUUGAUGGCAUCUGUGAUUUUGAAGUACAUAAUGAUGGUGGAAACAUGAAUUUAGAAAAAGAAGUUACAUUAUUCACACUGUUUCAAGCUAUUAAUUCAUUACCGGAUCAUUUAAUUAAUGAAGCAUACGAUAACGUUUAUAACUUCUGUAGUUUAACAGAAAAUGCUAAAAGUAAUUUUGAAAAAGCACGUAGUAGAUAUGCACAUUUAAUGACUUCUCCAUUUGUUUUGGUGAAGAUUCUAAAACUUUAUCAAAAGGAAUAUUAUGAUGAAUAUGUUUUACCUUUAUUACGUAAGCCAAAAAUAACAUUUGAUAUCAAACUUGAUGACUCGUUUUUGAUAACAGAUAUUAGACGCAAGGCUGAAAAUCAUCAGUAUAAAAACAGUUCUGAA